GUGCAUUGUACAAAAAAGAGAUACAGAGAAGAUGUAUGCCAUGAAGUACAUGAAUAAACAACAGUGCAUUGAAAGAGAUGAGGUUCGGAACGUGUUCAGAGAACUAGAGAUUCUACAGGAAAUUGAGCAUGUCUUCUUAGUGAAUCUUUGGUACUCCUUCCAAGAUGAAGAAGACAUGUUCAUGGUGGUGGAUCUACUCUUGGGUGGUGACUUACGUUAUCAUCUUCAACAGAACGUGCAGUUUACAGAAGAAACAGUUAAACUAUAUAUCUGUGAAAUGGCAUCAGCUUUGGACUAUUUGCGCAGUCAGCGUAUUAUACACAGAGAUGUGAAACCAGACAACAUUCUCCUUGAUGAACAAGGCCAUGCCCACCUAACUGAUUUUAAUAUUGCAACAAUCAUCAGAGAUGGUGAAAGAGCAACUGCUCUUGCUGGAACUAAGCCCUACAUGGCUCCGGAGAUCUUUCAUUCCUUUCUGAAUGGAGGAACAGGCUACUCCUUUGAAGUUGAUUGGUGGUCUCUGGGAGUGAUAGCCUAUGAGCUUCUGCGUGGAUGGAGGCCUUAUGACAUCCAUUCCAAUAGUCCCGUGGAAUCAUUAGUUCAGCUGUUCAGCACUGUGAGUGUUCAGUACACAACAGCUUGGUCAAAAGACAUGGUGGCAUUAUUAAGAAAGCUUCUGACAGUGAAUCCUGAGCAUCGUUUUUCUAGUCUAGCCAACAUUCAGACAUCCUCCUUCUUAUCUAGCGUGGACUGGGAUGAAAUUUGCGAAAAGAAAGUAGAGCCUGGCUUCGUUCCUAAUAAAGGUCGUCUGCAUUGCGACCCCACUUUCGAGCUGGAAGAGAUGAUUUUGGAGUCAAGGCCCCUGCACAAGAAAAAGAAGAGGCUUGCAAAGAACAAAUCCAGGGACAACAGCAAGGAUAGCUCACAGUCUGAAAAUGACUACUUGCAGGAAUGUCUUGAAGCAAUUCAGCAAGAUUUUGUCAUUUUUAACAGAGAAAAGUUGAAGAAGAGCCAGGAUCAGAUGAAUGAGUCCCUUUCUCCUCCUGAAACCACCGAUGAAACAGAGACUGAAACAGAAUCUGAACAUUCCAACCUAAACAUGUGUAGCUCAGUAUGCUCAUCUACAGGCAGCAGCUAGGACAA